UCACCAUGCUGAUGAUGAUGGAGAACAGCGGCAUGGAUGCGCAUCAGGUUGAUAUCGAUUCGGAAUUUGCGCCCCACGGUCGGUCGCGGUCGUGCACCUGGCCGCUGCCGUGUCCGGAGGAUUUCCCCGGGGGAGAGGAGGCGAGCCGGGGUCUGGCCCUGUCGUCGGUCAAAGUGGAGCAGUACAACGUGCCCGCGUGCCGGGCCGAAAGAAAAGGCGGCGCGCCGGCGGAGCUCAAGCUUCCAGCCGGCGCCCCGGCCCCGGUGGUCGCCGCUCCCGCCUGCAUGUCCGGGGCUGCGCUUGACGUGGCCGGCCAGCUUCGCAAAGCCAAGUCCUCCCGGCGGAACGCGUGGGGGAACCUGUCAUACGCCGACCUCAUCACCCGUGCCAUCGAGAGCACCCCGGAGAAGAGACUCACCCUGUCCCAGAUUUAUGACUGGAUGGUUCGCUUUGUUCCUUAUUUCAAGGAUAAAGGCGACAGCAACAGUUCAGCCGGAUGGAAGAACUCGAUCAGACACAACCUGUCCUUACACAGUCGCUUCAUACGGGUGCAAAAUGAAGGGACAGGGAAGAGUUCUUGGUGGAUGCUGAACCCAGAGGGCGGGAAGAUGGGAAAGGGACCCAGACGACGUGCAGCCUCUGUAGACAAUGGGACUCGCUACCUGAAGACAAAAGGUCGAAUCAGCCGGAAGAGAGCAGGGGCUAUAGGCCUUGGACGGGGACACAGUCAGGGGGGUGGACCAGCAUUGCAAGGCUCCCCGGAGCAUGGCAGUCCAGCAGGUAAAGGAGGUGUGGGCAUGGGGGGUGAGGAGUAUGACACCUGGACGGAUCUCCAUUCCCGCACCUCCUCCUCUGCCUCCACGCUGAGUGGCUGCCUGUCCCCGAUCUUGGCUGAGGCGGAGGCAGAUGAACCAGAGGAGGGUGGGUUGUCCUGUUCAGCCUCCCCUCGAUUGUACCCCAGUCCCACCAGCACCCGUUCCCCAACCCUGGGCACUGGGGGCCACUGCCCCACUGUGGAACUGCCCCAGCUGACUGAUCUGACUGGUGCUAUCAGUCUCGAUGAGAGUGGCUACCCCCAGCCACCACCAAUCAAAUGCAACGGUUAUCCCUAUGUGCCUGGACCCAAGGCGGAGGGUUCUUACUGCGGGCCCCUGUAUGGACAGUCUUCCCUGGGGAUGCUCAGGCAUCACACUCCCAUGGAGACCAUCCAGGAGAACAAGCCAGUUAGCUUCCAGCGCCCAAUGAGAGGCUACUCAGAGAACAACGCCCUGCAGAGUCUACUCACCGGGGGUCCUGCAUACUGCAACAAAGACACAGUACUAGUUCAGGGACGGGAAACACACACACUAAUAACACAGGGAACCAAUGGUGUUCACAACCAGCACAACCACAAUCAGAAUCGCAGCCACAAUCACAGCCAAGAGCACGCUCACAAUCCCAGUCUACACAAUGGCCAUGGCUCCAUCCACGACCAGAACACAACCCACCAUCAGAACCACAAUCAGGGUCACAAACACCAAGCCAGCCUCGAAUACAGCCACAGCCACAAGCCCCACCCUGCCCAUGACUAUGUUAACCCCAGCCAUGAUCACAACCCUCGCUCCAGCCAGAGUCACAUGCACACCCACAACCCAAUGCCCGGUGGUCCUCCCCCACAGGCUCUCUCCCCACGGGUAAGCACUGACAUCCUGCAGCCCUAUAGCCUCAAAACCUCCAACCACUAUGGGCCCCGACCCCACCUCCCAUCUUCGCCGUCCCUGCCCCCCAACCCUGCUGGUCUUAUGGACGUUCCCCAGGAUCCCUGUCGCCUGGCAUCUGCGCCUCACCCCCGUCAUCAGCCGUACCCAGGAGCUCACCAUCAGGGUAUGACCAACUCCUGGCAUGGCUACUACCACAACAACCACCAGCAGGGGAAUGCUGGCUACCAUGGACAACAGCACAACUCCCACAGUCGAAUGGCUGCCAACCUGGAGAUGGAGAACAUACCUAAUAGCCUGGACUGUGAUGUAGACUCCAUCCUGCUCAAUGACUUUAUGGAAAAUGAGGGCAUGGACUUCAACUUUGAUGGCUCUCUUUCCCAGGGUCUGGGCAUGGGGAUGGGCAUGAGCUUAGGGGCAUUUGCUUGCCCUCCACAAGCUCACAGCAACCAGAGUUGGGUGCCAGGGUGAACCUUGGUCCAGGGAUUUGGAUAAACAUAUUAACUGGAAAGCUCACCCUCUGGGUCAGGCUGCUGGUGGGCUUUACCCUUGGACUGACUGACUGUGAUUCUGUUUCUCUGAGACUGUAGAGCAAAAUACUUGUUGUCAUUUUGUUUCCUGGGGACUCCCUAUAACCACACAUCCUACUCUUCCUCUUUCUUCUCUGUUUAUAAAGCUUUCUGUCUCAAUAUUGAACCUGCCCCCAAUGAGCCUCGUGCUAAAGACCCCUUGUUUAUGCCCUUCAGUUUUUUUUCUUCUGUUUCUUUAAGCUCUCCUCUCAGUCUCGUCCUGCUCGUCCUAAGCUCUCAAGCACUUUACAUCCAUCCUUUCAUACAGAUGCAGUAACACAAAGAACAGGCAAAGUCACGUUGAGUGUUGGCUUAAGUUUAAUGUAUGCAAUCCACUUCACAGUAUUAUCUCCUCCUACAAAGGAGGUGUUGUUUUUGACUUGGGAACAUGAUCAAACAGCUGCAUAAAUAUCUCUCAUUGUAGAGGUGUUCUCAGAUUGGGGUUAAAAGGCUUUGAGGUUUGAGGAUGAAGAAAAAGGAGAUUUUUAGAGGAAGAAGAAAAGUAAAGUAAAGCAAAGAAGCAAACUCCGGGGUUAGUGUGACUUCCCUCCCUUGGUUGGACAGUGGUGUUUCCUGUUUGUUCCUGUGCAGGAGGACAGUCAUCCAUCAGGCAACCAUCAGCACCACUCCAUUGAAAUGCAACGUCCCUUCUUUAAUCUCCAAAGUAAUGCCAGAGUGAUGCAUCACUAUUGCAAAUCUAAUGCGCCACUUUGUGUUUUUUCAACCCCCCUCCCUCUCUUCAGCUCCGGACACACCAGCUUAAUGUGUUUUGGCGAAAGUGAUGAUUAAAGUCACU